AUGGUGUUUCUGGUUGGUAGUCAGCUGUGUGCUUCUCCUUCGACUCCAGCAGAGUCGAUAGGUGAGGUGUCUUCCACGACAAUCUUAAGCGACCUCUCAAAUGACCUCUCAAGUGACCUCGACUUAGGGCCCACAGAUCCUGCUAUUCUCGCCCUCCUCACGCAGCUCUCCCAGCCAGGCAACUUCUCACAGCUGGAGGCCAUUAAUCGGCGUCAGCGGCAGAUUCGUUUUAAGAGUUCGUAUCGUGAGCUACCGGAGGGUCUACAGGGGAUCUUGGCUGGAGGGGAGGGCAGGAAUCUGGAGGGCCUCUCUUACUUCAUCCAGGUGGACUUGGACGACCCUCCCGCCAGCAAGGCUCUCGCCAAACUCCCUGAGGGCACCAAGACUUACUUCCCCCCGCAGCUGUCAGAGCCAGGAGCAACACUGCCGCAGGUGGAAGAUUCCGACGACGAUACUAUAACGCAGAAGGCAAUAUUGGUCGGUGUUUCCUCUACACGAGUGCCGGCCCUGGACCAAGAAGCAGCAAAGACGUCAUCUGGCUCAAAGACUUACACCUCACCACAUCUGAAGGAUCCCGCACUAAGGACCAACAGCAUUCACUCCCUGGAUGACAAUGAACUAGUGACGUCACCCUCGACCUCCACAAUACAAACUCUUUCUCCGUAUGAGGCGUCGACGACAGAGAAUCCAAAUUUCAUAGCAAAGGGUCUCUUAGUGUCAUCUAGCUACUCUGCUUACUCCAAACCUUUACAUAACUCCCUCACUACACGGCGUCAUAGAGUCACUACCACUCCUACUCCCUCUACAACUCCAUCUUAUUUCGUGAAGUCUUUUUCAUCUCUCUUGCGUUCCUCUUCACCUUCUCUGCCAUCAUCUCCUCCUAACAUUCAGGGCGCGUCGUCACCACCUUCCAACUUUGUUUCCAGUAAUUCCUUCACCAAGUCAUCUUCAUCUUCAUCAUCUUCAUCACACUCAACAACUUCUCAAUCUUUCUCAAGCUACUCGUCUCGUGAGGUGACAACGCCAUCAGAAUCUACAACCCCUCGUUCAGUACCCAGUUACUCUUUCUCAACCUCAUCUACACGUCUACCUUCAAGAGCUCCUCAAUCCUUCUCAGCUAUCUCAUUCACAACACCUUCUACCGCUGUGUCGUCAACUUCUAAGCCUUUAAAAUCUUCUUCUCCUCUUACCGUUUCGUUAAAUCUGAAUUCAUUGUCAAGAAACUCAUUUACAACAUCUUCUCCGCCUGUAUCAACAACUUCGAAGUCUGUUUCAAGUUACUCCUUCAUUACUUCUCCUCCAGUGGUGACAUCUCCCUCCUCUUUCACGACGUCCUCACAUUCUUUCAAUUCUGAGUCUGGAAAAUCAUCUCCUUCAGGUUCGUUUGUAUCGUCGUCGCCUCCUGCAGGUUCUCAAGUGACUCACUCCUCUGGUCCAUCAUCAUCACCAUCUUUUACACUGUUACCGAGCCAUUCUCCUUCUCCCAGGACCCGUACUACAGUCCCCUCUGCUAGAAGACAUUACCAGGCUCCUUCUCCUCCUCCUCGACUUCCGGAAAAAUCCUCAACAUUGACCAAAUCUUUCACCAACGCCAACACUUUUACUAAACACCGCUCUCGUCCCAUCCAAACGCCAUUACCCCCUAACGUACUCCCACAGCCAAAGCCCAGAACUAACGCUAAGUCGCUUUCCAGCAAUCCAGCUAACACUUUCCAGCACAUCACGGCUCCGAGACGAGGUGGUGGUGGUAAUGGAAGAGGCUCCCCCCCGACACCACUUUCAGACGGUAAGACACGAACUCUAGGUAACUCAGAUGACCCGUACACUGGUUCGAUACCCGGUCGUAGUGGAGUCGACUAUCCGACCUUUCAGACCAUACCGAAAACAGGCUUUGAUUGCUCCAGUAAGCCAGCUGGAGGUUACUACGCGGACACGGAAGCCGACUGUCAGGUGUUUCACGUGUGUUGGAGCGGACGGAGCGCAUCUUUCCUGUGUCCGGUGGGAACCUUAUUCAGCCAGCAGGUGUUGGUGUGUGACUGGUGGUACAACGUCGACUGCUCCUCCACCUCUGCCUUCAUUGAUGCCUCCCCAGGUGUAUGGAACCCCACCGGCGACACCAAUUACCUGUAGAGAACCGGAGGAGGGAGGGCAUUAACCACACCUCCCAAACACUCCUGCGGCUACCAGAUGGAAACCCAACGCCAGCUGUAGGCCAGGAGGGUCCCACCUGAGCCACCUGCAUACAACAAGCAGGUGUGAAUCUCAACCAGCUGUGUUUUUUUUAUCAGAGGUGCUCGUAAAACCCAGUAGGGGAAGGUACACGGUAACUGUCUUGUGCUUACUAGUGCAGAAGGAAGACCAGCAGGGAGAGAAAACACUGUGUAGUCAAGAUCCCUCACUCCACUAUACUGUACACAGGAACAAAAUAACGGUACGGUAAAUAUAGUGAAAAUGUUGUGUCUUGGAUACGAGUGACAGAUUCCAAGAUAACAUUAAGGGCGUGAAGAAGGAAGAUGACAACAGUGAUUAAUUAAUAUCGAAAGUGAGACAAAAUAAGACUCAUUAAAUUUACUAAUGAGAUGUUAAUUCAUGUCCGCUUGAGUCGAAAAAAAAAAAAGAACAAUAAAAGAGAUUAUCCCUUAAGUCUAUAAAAUUCAUACACAAGUGUUUUUUUUCUUAACUCUCUCUCUUUUUCGCUACAAUAUACAUCUUAUUCGUGUUCUAGACAAGUGCGUCACGAGUUUUAACUGGUGGUCAACGCAGUAUGCAUGUGAGGUCAGUUUUCUUCAUCAAUAUUUGGUACUAAGAAAAAACAAAUCUUCAGCACACAUUAGAGAUGAAAUUAGUUCAGUAACCUGGUGUUGUGUAUAGGAGAAUCGGUAAUGUAUUGGAUCCCUAUCAUGCACCCUGACCCCUAUCAUGCACCCUGACCCCUAUCAAGCACCCUGACCCCUAUCAUGCAUCCUGACCCGUACACCUUGACCCCUAUCAUGCACCCUAACCCGUAUACUGUUAUUGAGACAAGAGAAAAAGCUUUGUUCCGUUUAUUUACGUAACUAUUUACUUCUAGUCUGGAACGCCCCUCAACACACACACACACACACACACACACACGAGAAAGUCGGGAAUGAACCCUGACCCUCUUGCCUAAGUUACACACACACACACACACAUACAUACAUCUUCCUCCGCCUACGCUUUCCUUACGUUGUCUAGACAUUUCAAUUUAAUUUCUCCUCUUGGUGUUUUCGUUGUUAACCUGUGGAAUCUACCCACUUAGGUAUGUAAAUAUUCGUUAGAUUAUCUACUAUGUAAUUAUCCGAACACAAAACGAGAGGUCCACAUGUGUUUUUAUAAAAUACUAAGAUCAAAUAUGUCUUAUUUUUUCUGAACUGGGUGUUGUUUACGAACGCCUUGUGUUGUAAUUAAUAACGUUAAGAUUUAGGAACGGUAAGAUUAUCGUUUUGAGAAUAUACUUAUUUUCCGAAGGUCAGAAUUGUUCAAAAUACACAAAAAAAAAUCUGAAAAACAUAAUUUCAACGUAACCUAACCUAACCUAACCUAACCUAACCUAACCUAAUCUAACCUAACCUACCUAAACCUUUAUUCGCUGCAUGACCGAAACAAUAAUAAUACCUUACGAACAUCAGGACCUGGUAUUCUCAAAGAAUCGUAAAUUAAUUUCUCUCUCUAUUAUAGGGUACUGCCUGUGAGAAAGCACCUCUCUUUCUCUCUAUCUAACCACAGCACAAAACUGACUAUUGCUAAGGGCGUCAAUAUUGCACCAACACUACUGUAUGUUUAUGUAGGAAUUACCGCGAGUGCUGACCAUUGUAAUGAACGUAAAAGUAACAAUGUUAUUCCCGCCUAUUGAAGAAAACCACCUCGUAUUGUAAUACAAUUGAUUAUCAACAUUUCCCAUCAUCCAUUUUUAUCAUAAUUUGGAUGAUUAUUUUCUUAUUAUAGUCAUGCUUGCUAAAAACACUACGAGUAUGUUUUUCCUCUUAUAAAAUAUGACACCUUGGCCCCUGGUGUACGUGAGCACUGUUCACCUUUAUAAAAAUAGUUUAUUUUUGUAUGUAAAACCUAAAAUGAUACAUGAACAUUAUAAUGGAAUAAGAAUUAUUGGUUUAGGUGGAACAGACAUCCAACACCAGUUGCUCGGUUUCGUUAUUUUUUUCCACAGACACUCACCUAAUGUUACCUACCUUCCUAACCCCCUAACUCCCCGGCAUAUUAAAUAGAAAGAACUUACUUUGAUAUUUGGUACCAAUGAAGCCAACUUUCUUGAAACAGCAAGGUGUAUUUUUUUUUUUUGUGAACGUGAGACCACUCUUGAACCGAGCGGCUUGGUUGCCACGCCAACAAAACAUAUAUUUCGGCUGAAUAUUUACUCUAAAUAAUUAUUUUUUUUGCGAACACAGCACGUAGAGACAUCACUUUAGUGCCAUGUUAUCAGUUUUUCACCGUGUUUCACCCCCACAAUUUUUCCCUCAUCCUUCAUGCCCUACCCACUACAGGCGAUUUAUUAUCGUAGAGCGAACAAAAUACUCAUAAUGAAAAUAAAUCGUUAAAGUACCGUUUUUUUAUUACUAUCAUCCAAUGAACAUCUAUGGAAAAAUAAACGAAAUCGAACAACUGGUUUUAGCCGUCCGCUCUACUUAUACCAAAUUAUUUUUGUUAAUUUUUUCAGAAUGUUUUGACUUGUAUAUAAUGUUAAAAUUAAUAUAAAAAAAAACUGUAUAUUA